AGCAAAACAGCCGACGUGAAAACGGCGCCGCUGUCGUCCCAGGGUGAGCUGCCAUAGCUGCGCACGUCCCAGCCACCGCUGCAGCGCUGCCAGGCCGCGGGCCAUCGCGCCGCUUCUCUAAAAAAACGCACAAAGCGGCAUUGCAGCUGCAGCCCUAAUUAUCGCGCAGCAGUCACAAAAAACGCAAAACAAGCGCUGACAAUGUUCAAGAAACGCACCCAAAAGGGCCAGGCGAAGCGCGCCGCGCCGGAAGCCACGGGAGACCAGCCCCAGGCCGACAUCGUGAAACGGCCCGAGAAGCAGGCGCGCGGCCAGCGCUUCGCGACGAAAAGCGACGACAAGGACGACGAGGAUGCGCUGCAAGCGUCGGCCGUCUUCGCGUCCUCCCGAACGACCGCACCAAUCGAUCAUAGAGGAGGCGCCUUUGCGUACGGCGAGGUCGACACCGAGGCCGAUAAAGACACUAGAGCACAACUAGAAAGGAAUCUGGAGCUCCAAAAAACGGAGGGAGACGGUACCUAUAGGGGCCAGGCCGGUUAUAAAUCAUAUGUGAAGAAGGACGAGGCCCAGAUCGGCGCGAACAAGUACACGGGCACCAAAGGACCUAUCAGGGCCCCUCAAUUUGUCAGAAACACGUGCCGCUUCGACUACCAGCCCGACGUCUGCAAGGACUAUAAAGAUACGGGCUUUUGCGGCUACGGCGACUCUUGUAAAUUUAUGCACGACCGGGGCGACUACAAGACGGGCUGGCAGCUCGAGGCGGAGUUCCAAAGGCAAAAAGAAAGGGAGCGGGAGCGGAAGAUGCUCGGGAAGUUGGAUGGGGAGGAUAGUGAAGAGGAAAGGGAAAGAGAUAAGUUCAGGAUCAAAGAUGGUGGUGACGAGCUGCCCUUCGCGUGCCAUAUUUGCCGAGGGCCUUUUAGGGAUCCCAUGGUCACGCAGUGCGGCCACUACUUCUGCGCGAACUGCGCGAGCGACCACUUCCGCUCUCGUAAUACGCGGUGCCCCAUUUGUGAAAAACAAACUUAUGGGAUGCUGAGCGCGGCUCCCAAAUUGCGCGCGAAGGCGAAAGCUGUGGGCGGCUUCGAGAAGUUCUUCGAGCUCGGGCUCAAGGUGCCCGAUGGUGAUGAUGAUGAUGGUAAGGGCGGCGAGGCCUACGGCGCGCGCGUCGCGCAGCCGGGCGCGCAGCGGCCCGAGAAGCGCGAGGCGACGGGCUACUGGCAGUCCGUGGACCCUAGGAAUUUGUAAGCGAGUGGUUUUUGU